AUGGCGGGCCCUGAUGAGUACUUCAUCUCCAAGUUCUUCCUCGAUAGAGGGGUGCCGUGGACGCAUGUGCACAUGCGUUUCGGAGCCAUAUCAUGGGUGGUGGACGAGGCAUUACAGGGCCAGGCCCCCCCCGUGUUCAUACACUACGUCAGUGAGAAGCCUUGGGUCGCCCCUGCUGCCGCCUCCACCGCCCCUGCUGCCCCCACGCCUGCAGCGCAGCCUUCCUCAGAACCUUCCUCUACAGUGGCCUCUUCUACAGUAGAGACGACGUCUACACCUGCCAAGGUUUCUACAGUAAAACCGUCUUCGCCCCCCGGGGGUUCUACAGUGACGAACUGGUCGGAUUUCUUAGUGUGGGACUCUAUAGCGGAGCAGGUGGUGGGGUUGCUGCAGGCAGCAGGGGAGGAGGAGGCGAGCGCUGCAGGGAGGCUGUUUGCUGGAUUUCUUGUCACCAUUGAGGGGAAAGAAACAUGGUUGCUGCAUGCUCCUGUUGGAAGGGUAGAUGUUCAUGGAGAGGGGCAGGUGAGCGCUGCAGGUGAGGAGCAGGUGGUGGGGCUGCUGCAGGCAGCAGGGGAGGAGGAGGCUGGCGCUGCAGGGAGGCUGUUUGCUGGGUGGGAAGCAAGGAGGAAGCUUCCUGUUGUGUUCCCAGAGAAGCAGGGGUGA